GAAAACAGCUGUUGAAAUACGAUGACCGGAAACAGGUCGUGAAAUUUUUCUUGUAAUUUUAAGGAUAUGUGUUAGUAUUUAAUUAUUGAAUAAACCCGGUUGUAUAGUAAUAAAUAUACCUUAAUGGCGAGAGAAUUUUGACGUCAUGGCCAGUGAAUUCCCUGAAAUCGGACAGUUACCGAAAUGUGUAAAAGACAUUUCUAAUUCUGGAGGAUACAUAAAAUAUUUGGCUUCAAUUGCCACAAAAGCGAAAACUAAGGAAGAAGUAGACUCUGUGCUGCAACACAUUGUGGCUGUAAUAGAAUACGAAUGUUCUGCAAAAUCAAGAACUGGCGAAACGGGUGCAGCCAAUCAGGUCGUCUUAAACACGGCAUAUCGCGCAUACUACCAGCUUUUCCAGCAACACGCACUAACAGAUGCACAAUUGAAUACUUUGCCUAAGCCAAAUUUAUUGUAUUCCGAAGAAUGUGGUUUUCAGCUGCUAUACGCCAUGUUAUUGACUGAUCAGAAAGCCAAGACAAUUGAUCCAGAGAAACUAAUGGUUGAAUCCAGCAAAGCACUAGGUGGUGCAGUUAACGAAGACUGCGGGAGCCUUUUACACAUUCUCAGAGUGUUAAAUUUAUUGUUGGCGAAAUUUCCUUCUCUGCAGGCAAACAUUCCAUUGCAGCAAAUCUAUCAUUGCUUGCAAAGUAAUCAAUUCGGCAUGCGUGAGGAGUCGAUGAAUCUUUUUACGAAUUGUUGCCGGUCAACAACGUUCGCAUUUGAAAAUUUUCAAACAAUUUUAGAGUUUUGGCCAUGGUCAAACCGUUAUAAAUUUUACUUACUUAGCUGUAUAUUGAAAAUGCAUAACCUCAAGGAUUUCCUGAAUAGCGCACAACGCUGUACGGAUGAGUUUUAUGCGGGUGUACGCAUAAGUUUGAGUCAUAAAAGUGUUCUAGCUGCUAGUCAACAUUUAGUAAAAGCGCUUAGCUCCCAAAACUCUGAUGAACUGCUGCAUAUGUCUGCGAAGAUACUAACACGUGGUUCAUUAAAAGAAAUCAAGAAUUUCAAUGCUCAUUGGUUCGGACGCAUAGAACAACGGGAUAGAUUAUUUGAAUUUCUACAAAAGCAGCCUGAAAUAACCAAUUUCCUUGAACAGACAAUCGAUGGCUCUGUCGAACAAAAUUAUUUUCGCUCAACACUAAUAUUUAGUAUGUUUUCACGACAAAUAUUUCAAGUAUCUAAGCUGCACUUUUUUAAAAUCAGUACUGAACUUAUAACGAACUGCUUUCAAUUUGAAAUGGAAACACAAAUGUUGGUUUUUAAAUUCAUUGUGGACAACCUGGCCAGCUUUGCCAUUGAAGAUUGUCUGGAAUUUACGUUGGCAUUUAUAAAGAAGCACAAGGGUGUAGAAAACGCACAGUAUCGAAAUGAAAUUUUAGGCAAAAUACCAGCUAUAAUUAAUUAUGUCGCCAAAGCUUUUAGCAAAUUGCAUGAUGUUGAGGGUACCACUACGCUUGAGACUAGCAUUCAGACGUUUUUCAAACAAGUACAUCACCUAAUUGAAGCGGACAUUGGAAGCACAAUGUACCAAUCGAAAAUAUUUUCAUUACGCCUAUUAGACAUUGUACUAAAGUCAUUGUAUGCAGAGCACUUGGAAAAGAAUGCCAAAAAUUGUUGCUUAGCACAAAAUAAAAAACUUGGUUACUUUUUGGUCGAGCAACAAGUAUUUGAAGCUGCUAAGGUAACUGCGGCGGUCUUCAAACUACUUGACGAUCCACUGGGUUACGACGAUGCUUUAGAAUUGAUUUUGGUGCUCUUGCAGCAAAUAAAUUUCAACGAUGCUGCGGAAAGUGUGCGUUUGUGCAAGGAAUUUAGCCGACGUUGUGCUGUAGAUGAGUGUGUGCUAACCACACUCUAUGCACGAGUGGUGUUGCAUUGCAGUAAAAGCACAGGCAAAGACGAACCGCUUUUGGAAUUGCUUGAAUUUGCAGUAGGGCACUUGAAAAAAGAAAUCGCAGAAUUUCAAGAAGAUCCACUGCUUGUUUGCAAGACACGCAAUCAUUUAUUUAGCUACAUCAACAUCGUAGGAGAGGUGGUGCAAGGCAAUAUUUGUUUGUCAAUGGAGAAGCAAAGUGAAAUACUUGACCUGUUGGAAAGAGUACUGAAUUUAGUUUUAGAUUUUUUGAAUGUGUGCAAAGCUGAUCCAAUGCAAGCGGCCCUUAAUGCAGCGAGCUUCCAAGAUAUGGACGAGAGCCUAGAAAUAUUGGUGCGAAAAAGUGCAUAUAAAAUGACAGACGACGGAGAAUUUCGAAAAUUUCUAUUAAUGUCAUUUUGGCUGACAUUAAAGGCUGCGUGUGACUUGGCAACAGAAAUCGGCGUCCGGUAUGUAACAAACGGUGGGUGCGAUAAAACAGAUUUCAAGAUUCUGGGGCGGUGCUUAGAUAUAAAUGUAGCUGUGCUGACUCGUUGCAGGCACAAAGGCGCCAUUGAAGCAGCUGGCGUAAGCAUUGGCAAGCUUACUAAAAGUAUAACAUCUAAUUCAUUGCCCACUUCAGCAGUUUACCUUUUGUUAGAUAACUGCUUGCAGCUUUUAUUCGAUAAUACCAAGCAGGUGAGCGUAACACGGCGUGGUGCUGGAUACUCUCUUAUGAUGUUACAUAUCGUUAAAAGUGAACAGCAGCGCUCUAGACCCUUGUUAAAGCGUGUAGUGGAAAAAUGUAUUGGAUUACUUAAUAAAUGUCGAGUAAACGACGCAUCACAUGCAGAUAAUUUCGAUCGAUUUGAGGCAUUACUACUGCACUACCUCGGCGUAUUAGUGCGAGAUACGGAGCUGCGCGAUGCCACUUCUCAUUACUAUAAUGAAAUCCUAUGGGUUACUUUGAAACGCAUUGAACACACUGAAUGGACUGAAUUCAAUGCAGCGCUGCAGCUUUUUGGUGCGCUAAUACCAAAAAUUGUUGGUCAAACCCCAGCAAAAGACUUUGACAACGCAGCUGGAAAUGAAAACAAUGACGUUACAUACGAUGAAAUAAUACGAAAACUGCCAACAGCUUGUGAUUACAUUUUAAAUUACUUUACAGUCAAUAGCGAUAUAACCACCCGCACCAUGGUACUGUUUCUGGGCUUUCUUUCCAAAGUAAAACACUUACCUAAGCAACCUGAGCCAAUUCAACUCUCAUUUUUGCAAAAUAUCCGCGAGUUAAUGUGGCGUUUAUUGGCUCAUCGUUGUGAAAGCGUGCGCAAAUUGGCAGCGUUGUGCUUUGCUCGUGCUCACGAUUUUAGCCACGAAUUGCCGCAUGCGCUACUAAGUGUUUCAAAUAUACUUGAUAACAUAGCCGACGAGAAUUUUUUUUUGGGUCUAGUUUUUACGCUUGCUGAAGGCAUAUUGCGCAUUAAACAUGAAAGUCUGCACACCAACGAUAGGGCACAGAAAAUAUUCAUGCAGCAGCUACGCAUGUCAUUGGCCAACUUGAAACUGACGCAUCAAUAUAAACCUUACUCGUUAUGUAAACUGCUAGACGUAUUCUUAAUGGUAGGCCUUGACAGUCAGAUGAUGGUUGUCCAAAAAUUAUUGGAAAUAUCUGUCGAAAAAGAUGCCAUCGGCUAUGAAGUGUAUCAGGAACGAAUAGCAAAGUUUGUAUGCGAAGCGUAAAUAAAAAAAUGGAGCUUGUCGUGAUUUUUCAUUUUUUCAAAAUAUUCCCAUAAAUUUCAAUACAGUACAAUAAUAAAUUUGACCACUUUGCUAUUGUGCACGUAGAAUAAAGGUGGCUCUUAUCGAAAACUUUAUUUUUUGGCGAAUUUGGCAAUUGAAUGAUGUCAGUAGCAAAGUAGCAGCAAAUAGAUGUCUGCACGUGUCAACGAUGCGGCCACCGUAGCCGUUGCCGAAUGUGUUGGUGCGUGACUACCAUUCGGAAUUCACAGAGAGAACGUAGAUUCGAAUCUCGGUGAAACACUAAAAUUAAGAAAAACAUUUUUCUAAUAACUGUCGCCCCUCGGCAGGCAAUGGCAAACCUCCGAGUGUAUUUCUGCCAUGAAAAAGUUACUCUUAAAAAAUAUCUACUAUUCGGAGUCGGCUUGAAACUGUAGGUCCCUCCAUUUGUGCAACAACAUCUAGACGCACACCACAAAUAGGAGGAGGAGGAGCUCGGCCAAACACCUCAAAAGGAUGUACGCACCAAUUACUAUAUGAAGGGGUUUUCAGUAAGAGCGUAAAAUGGCCGUAAUGCUCUUAAAGUAGCAGCAACAGAACGAUUAUUUUCAUAAAAAAUUUGCACGAUUUGCAAUCGUUGCUCAAGUGUGGAGCGUUCCAUGAUGAAAUGUAUACUAAUGAAGUUUACAAAUGACAAGCGAAAAAUAAAAAAUAUUGCGUCGUUCGCCCUCCCUAUCGGAAAAAAGUUGAAGCGCACCUAUUGAACAACCCUUUAUAUACGUGUCAACGAUUUAUUCUAUAUUCUUGUCUACUCUAAUGUACUGAAAUUUGUGGAAUGUUUGCUCACAAGGGAAUCCACAAUAAGGCCAAAUAAUUAUACUAUCUAUGCAUUUAAGACUAAAAAUUAAAUAGUUUAGAGGCUUUAGUUUUACAUAUUUAUUAUAAAAAUUCGACUGUAAUUAAGACUAAGUUGAAAAAUAAUGGAUCAGACAAAAUUUCAGUUUAAGGCAUCAUUUGAGCAGAAUAUGUUAAGUCAAAAAUGUCAGAUUUGCCUAGAAGCUGUAAGACAAAGUAUUGAAUAAAUACCGAUGUAAACAAACGUACAUGUAUAGAAAUAUUGUGUGUUACAUAUAUACUCCGUUGUACAAUUAAAGCACUAACACAUAUUGACAAAUUUUUAAUAUUUAUUUUUUAAUAAAUGCGGUCUUACGCAUUUUCUCCGUAUGAGAAAAUGUUCUGUAUUCGUUUUAUGGAGAAAAUGUGCAACAUCAUAUGUAAAAAAAAAUCAAUGAGCAUUUUGGAUAAUUUAUUUCACUAAAAUUGACUGGCGACAUUUUCUUUUAGUAUGGUUGAAAAUAUUGAAAGUUUGAUGACAAAUUGACGAAUUUUCAAAAUCCUGUGCUUAAUAUGGCCUUUGUUAUAAAAUGAACUUUAUUUUCACGAAAAAUUAAUAGAUAAACAAAUAACAGUUAAAAC